UCUGCCUCGGUUUGACAACUCGCGCGCGACUUGCGUGUCGUCUGCCAGAAGUAUUCAUUACAUUUACUUCAAUACAUUAUGUGUUCUUCAAUACUUCAAGUAAGACAGUAGCAUAGAUUAGCCUAGCUUGUUUAUUUUUGUCCUCAAACCAGGUGUAUUACUGGAUAUUUACACUACAGCGAUUUAGUCAGUACUUAUUUAAUGUGAGGCAAUCAUAGUCACUUUAAAUUUUUGUCACAUGGAGUUUUUAAUAGGAUAAAAAAUAUUGGGAAAAUGACAGACCGGUAUAAAUAAAAUUGUACUUGUGCGGUAUUGGAAAAAAAGUUUUGAACUUUCGAAAUGUAAAGUUUAUUAAAUAUUCAAAUGCGUAUUUUUAAUAGUUAGUAAUAUGUUGACUGCAUGAGAAUAGCAGAAGUGGUAUUAGAUUAGUUAAGAUAGUGGAUUAGGAUAUAUUGUGAUAAAAUGGAUAAUUUAAUUUCACUUAGUUGGAUUUUAAUAUUUUUUUCCUGCAACUGGGAUUUAGUACCAGCACCCAACUACGAACAGUAUAGACUACGACCGGGCAUGCCAAACGUGUGUCCUUAUCAAGAUGUACAAAUGAUAUUAGUCCGAGUUCCAUGUGUUCAAAGGUAUACGAGAAUGGUUAAAGUAUGGAAACCAAAUUGCGGAGGUACAAAAAAGUGGUGCAUAGGUCAUGAACGAAGAACCCAUUACUACAAGACAACGAGACAACGAUACCAACACCAGUACGUCACACGGUAUAAAUGUUGUCAUGGCUGGCAGGAAGUCAAUGGUCUUGGUUGCAUGUUUCGACAAUGUGAUCCAAACUCAUGCUACAAUGGUGGUACGUGUUAUGGUGGUUAUGAUCAAAGGUGUAGAUGUACACCAAACUUUGAAGGCACAAGAUGUCAACAUGAUGUUGACGAGUGUCGAGUAAACAACGGCAAUUGCGAACAUAAGUGCUUCAAUUCCAUUGGUUCAUUUUACUGUGGUUGUCAUGAAGGUUUCCAGUUGGCAGAAGAUGACAAAAGAUGUAUUGAUAUUGAUGAAUGUUCAACAAGAAAUGGUGGAUGUCAACACAAAUGUCAGAACAGCCAUGGUGGUUUUAUUUGUCUUUGUCCAGACGGAUAUCGUCUGCAUGCUGAUGGUAGAACCUGUAUUGACAACUCGAUAUCAAUUAUUAACAAUACUGUGGAAUAUGCACCAAGCGAAAGGAAAGAACCUCAAUAUGUUUCCGGUAAUGCAAUAAAUCCACAAGGUAAUGUCUAUGAAAACCAGAUCCAGCAUCCUGCACGUAACCUUGACGACAGGCAACGCAUUAACCAGAUUCCUUCUGAAAACAUUGAUAAUGCUGUAUCUGGAUGUACUAGAAACCAAGGAGGAUGCGAUCAUGUAUGUGUAGACAGUUAUAACGGACAUUUUUAUUGUCGGUGUCGAGAAGGUUACCAAUUGCAGUCUGAUGGAAAAUCAUGUAGAGUGUCUAAUCCAUGUCGUGCAUCAAAUGGUGGAUGUGACCAUAUAUGUAAAAAUGACAACGGCAGAGCCUCUUGUCACUGUCGAGAUGGGUAUAAGCUGUCUAGGGAUGGCAGAAAAUGUCUUGAUAUUGAUGAAUGCACUAAUGAAAAUGGUGGUUGUACUCAGUCCUGUAUCAAUACUGCUGGUUCUUUUAAGUGUACCUGUACACCAGGGUACCAGUUAGGUGUAGACGGUAGAUCUUGUUACAGAAUAGAAUUGGAACUUGUAGACAGUUGUGUAAUACAAAACGGAGGUUGUGCUCACAAAUGCCGUCAUGGUGAUAAAGGUCCUAUUUGUUCCUGCAGGAAAGGAUACUUUUUGCAAGCAGAUGAAAAGUCGUGUGCAGACAAGGAUGAGUGUGGAUUAGGGGAUGAUUGUUGUACACAAUUAUGUAAUAAUAAACCGGGUGGAUACUCGUGUGGAUGUCGACCUGGGUUUGUACUAAACCAUGAUGGAUGUGUAUGCGAUGAUGUGGAUGAAUGUUUGAAUGACAAUGGCGCCUGUGAACAAAUAUGCGUAAACUCAGAAGGCUCCUACAGCUGUGCUUGUAAAGAGGGAUUUCGAUUGGCUCAAGAUAGACGUAGAUGUCUCCUAUUAACCCCAGUGACUCCAGCUCCCACAUUGGGACCUGGUCGUGGUGACCUUCCAGAUAUUAGAUUUGACACCACACCUAAGGCUGUAAUUCCGAUCACGGAAUCAGAACAUUUAAGAGAUGCAGUUGUUCAGACUAAAAUUAAGUUUGAAUGCCGGCUUGGAACGUUUGGAGAUGAAUGCGAGUAUGACUGUUACAGUUGUCAGAAUGAUGCUAGGUGCACUGACGAGAAAGAUGGAUGUAUUUGUACAACUGGCUGGAUAGGGCCGAUCUGCAACGAUACAUGUCCGCAGGGACAUUUUGGAGAUGGUUGUAAUGGCCUCUGUACUUGCCAGAACGGCGGGUCAUGUGAUGCUGUAACGGGCGUUUGUAUUUGUCCACCAGGUGUCAAAGGAGACAACUGCGAGGAUGGUUGCCCACCUGGGUACUACACACAAAACUGUGACCAAAAAUGUCCUACACAUUGUCCAAAUGGGUUUUGUAAUCGAAUUUUCGGAUUUUGUGAAUGUGCCGUGGGAUUUUUCGGACCAUCAUGUAACCAUCCUUGUCCAGAAUGGACAUAUGGAGCAAACUGUUUGGAACAGUGUACAUGUCAUCAUGAAAACACAGAAACAUGUGAUAAUAAGAUAGGGAAAUGCAUAUGUAAACCUGGGUUGCAUGGUAAGAAUUGCGACCAAAAAUGUGAAGAUGGUUUCUACGGAAGACAGUGUCAACAGCAGUGUAAUUGUCCCAAUUCCUUCAAAUGUGACCACGUGACCGGAACUUGCCUAUACAACUGUCCAGCUGGGUGGAUAGGAGAAAGAUGUGAUCAAAGUUGUCCAAGGGGUAAACAUGGACGACAUUGUAAACAAAAUUGUGAUUGUCGAGGAAGUACUUGUAAUCCAGAAACGGGCCAUUGCGUCUGUGAGGCAGGAAAACGUGGGAAACACUGUAAACAUAAAUGUCACCCUGGAAGUUGGGGAGUUAACUGUAUGAAGAAAUGUCGCUGUCAAAAUGACGCAAAAUGUGACCCUGAAACUGGGGAAUGUAUUUGUGCAGAUGGCUGGUUCGGACGAGAAUGCGAAGAAGUUUGCCCUCAGGGAAGAUUUGGUGCUCAAUGUCUCUCUAGAUGUCAGUGUGAAAAUAAAGCAUACUGUGAUCCUAUGAAUGGUAAAUGUAACUGCACUGCUGGUUGGCAAGGACAAACAUGUGAUCGGGAAUGUCAUCCUGGUACUUUUGGAGCAAAUUGCGCUCAAAAAUGCGACUGUCACACUAGCGCAGAAUGUGAUCCUGUUAUAGGAGAAUGUGUCUGCGCCCCUGGCUGGAGAGGAUCAAGAUGUAACGAAAAAUGUAAAGAGGGAACAUAUGGACCCGGUUGUACACAGGAAUGCAAAUGUGUGAACGGAGCAAUGUGCGAUCAUAUAAGUGGUGCCUGUGUUUGCUCAUCUGGGUGGAGAGGAAAGUUCUGUACAAAGGCGUGCCCAGAAGGCUUUUAUGGAAUUGACUGCAAGAAAGCAUGUGACUGUGGAAAUGAAGCCGAAUGUAGCCAUGUUGAUGGAAAAUGUGCGUGUGCUCCUGGCUGGAUGGGAGGGAGAUGUCGGAAGAGUUGUCCACCUGGAACGUAUGGUCAGGACUGUACGGAAACCUGUGUAUGUCAUAACAAUGGUACAUGUGAUCCCGUUAGUGGAACAUGUAUUUGUUCUUCUGGGUGGAAGGGAACCACUUGUGAAGAAGGUUGUCCAAAUGGGUUUUAUGGUACUAACUGUUUGUAUCGAUGUUUCUGUAUGAAUGAUGCCAAAUGUGACAAUAUCAAUGGAAAAUGUGAUUGUCCAAAUGGGUACACAGGAAAGGCAUGCGAAUUAGGUUGUGAUAAUUUCCAUUAUGGACCUAAUUGUGCCCUGGAUUGUGGUUGCAUCAACAGCGAGUCAUGUGAUAGAUUCACUGGUAAAUGCAGCUGUAGUCCAGGUUAUCGUGGUGAAAAAUGUGAUCUAGCGUGUCCUAAAGGUUUCUUUGGAGAAAAUUGUAUAGACACCUGUGAUUGUCGCAACAAUGCCACUUGUAAUCAUGAGAACGGAGAAUGCAUCUGCAAACCUGGAUGGAAAGGCCGCUAUUGUGACAAAGUUUGUGCCAGUGGUUUCUAUGGUGAUGAUUGCAAUGAAAUAUGUACCUGCGCAAUAGAUGAUCCAUGUGAUCAUGAGACAGGAGCCUGUAGAUGUAAACCUGGAAUGACAGGGAAUUCAUGUGAACAAAGAUGUCCAGAUGGAACGUACGGGGAAGAGUGUAGUCAGACAUGUAACUGUACCGGGCAUAACUUUGCCUGUAACCCCAUCAGUGGACAAUGUGUAUGUAAACCAGGACACAGAGGAAAACAUUGUUCCAGAGUUACUAAGCCAACUAAGCCAAAUAAAAAACAUAGGAAAGGUAGAAAAACUCGUCAUCGGAGAAAGCUGAGACGAAAAGCAAAAUUAGAAUUGGAAAGAAAUGAAAGAUCGGCUUAUGAAUGGACUGGUUGCAAAGAAGGACAUUUUGGGGCUAACUGUGAUCAGGUUUGUCAGUGUAAAAAUGAUGCUUUUUGUCAUAUUGUUACUGGAGCAUGCACAUGUAAAGAUGGAUUCAUUGGUCCUACUUGCAAUGAGUCAUGUCCUCCUGGGAGGUACGGUCCAAACUGUGGUCUGACAUGCAACUGCCAGAAUAAAGGAUCAUGUGACACGAGAACGGGACAAUGCAUAUGUACUCCAGGUUACCAUGGAAACAAAUGUCAAAAUAUGUGUGAAAAUGGAAGAUACGGGAUUAACUGCACUGAAGUUUGUGGCUGCUCUGAAAAUAGUCAUUGUGAUCACGUGACUGGGAAGUGCAAUUGCAAUCUUGGAUGGAUGGGCGAAUCAUGUGAUCAGAUGUGUCCACAGGGAAGAUUUGGUCCAGGAUGUAUUCAUACUUGCAACUGUCGUAACAGGGCCACAUGUGACCCUAUAUCAGGAUGUUGUGGUUGUACCUCAGGUUUCUAUGGUCAAAGUUGUGAACUAGAGUGUCCUGUUGGUAGUCAUGGACCAUACUGUUCUGAAGAAUGUGAUUGUGUUAAUGGAGGGAAAUGUAACGCCAUGACAGGCCAAUGUAAAUGUCCUCUUGGUUUUAUUGGAGAUCAGUGCGAAACACAAUGUAAAAGAGGCACGUUUGGCCGCCACUGCAGAGAGACGUGUGAUUGUGGUGAAGCCGAGUGUGAUCAUAUAACAGGAAACUGUAUUUGUCCAUCAGGAUCAACAGGACCUGACUGCAGAAAAACAUGCAGCAAAGGUCGUUUUGGUCCCAAUUGUGAAUAUUUCUGUGACUGUGAUAAUGAAGGAACAUGCGAUCCAUUGUCUGGUACCUGUUUAUGCCAAGAAGGAUUUAUAGGUCCAAAAUGUGAAUAUAAUGCAGAUGACGACACCACAUUACAGAUGCAAUCUAUAUAUUUUACCUGAUGGUCCAAUCAGAGGUGAUAUACCAUGGGCUUUGCUAUAUUACAACUAUGGAAAUGGAAAGAAGUGAACAAAGGGAGAUUACUCAUAAAAUGGGAGAUUACUCUCGGCUGGGUGCUAAAAUGCAAUCUUUCAUUUUGACAUUUAUAUGAUCUCAUUAUAUAUUCGCUUUAAUAUUGUUUAACUGUGAUUUGUACAUAAGUUGAAAGGAAGAAAGGUGCAUAUGCUAUGAUUUUUUUUUUAAAUUCACAAAAUUAUAUUUCAAGAGAAUAGGCCUGGGUUAGGGGAGAUAACUCUCUUGAAAUCAUUAAUGUGUUUUAUCAAUGCUUUUUAAGCAUUCAUGUGAUACAAUAAUCUGAUUUCUCAGAAGCUUACAGUAUAAUGAUGAAAAUGUUUGACACAAAAUUACAAGUUACUGUUAAGAGUAAUGUCCCUUUGCUCAGUUGUUUGGACUUAAACCGCGAAAGCAAUUCUAACAGCAUAUUUUAAUUGACUAGGAAACAUUCCAAAUUGAGAUCAGGAUGCCAAAUGAAAUUGAAACGUUAAAUAUUAUAGUUAUUUUUUUAGAUAUGCAGAUAGAUUAACAUAGGUUUAUUGUAAAUAAGAAAGUAAAGUUAAAGUAUUAAUGCAUACCAAAACAAUGGAGGUUUAGCCAUUUGUCAGGACUAAUUUAUUAUUGAUAAUAAUGUGUAUAAACUAAAAAUCCAAAUUUAAUCUAAUAAAAUACUCAUUUAUUUGUAUUAAUUCUAACCAUUGUCUAUACAUGAAUAUAUUUCUAGUCAAUGUGUAUGCAAGCUUCAUCAAUUUCUUAUGUAUAUAUACAACAUACAUGGAUUACCCGUUUUAUAAGUAAACUUGCAUAACUUGCAAUUAAUGCGGACAGAAUUUUUUGUAUUCUUAUGAAUUGGUUUAUCAUUUAAUAUCAAUCAGUAGUCAUCCUUAAUUGACGAACGAUGAGAAAAUCGUUUUUUUUUACCAAUUGCAAAACUGGGUAUAAUAAAAAUAUGAUAGUAUGUGCAUUCGAGCAAAACAUAGUAUGUAGAUUUCAAUAAUACUGAAAGGGAAAGCAAAAUAUUUUGAAAUUAGCCUACUGGAAAAAAUAGACAGUAUUUCACUGUUAGGAUAAGACUUUACAAAUAUAACAUGUUAUAUGCAUCUAAUGUAGAAUAAAUGAUCGGAGAUAAGAGAAGGUGGAGACAAAACAUUUAUUAAAACAAUUGAUAAGACGAAUGAGAUAUAGCUUAAAUGUCGUUCUUAACAAUUUGAUAAAUUGUUUCUGCUGGGACAACUGAAAAUUAAAUUUAUUAUAAAUAACUUAUUGUCAUGAUUUGAAUCAUGGAUUAUUAGUAUGUUCAUGGUAUGUCAGAUUUAUUUUGUGUUAUGGCUGAUCAUAAUAUUAUGAUUUAUUAUGUAUAUAUGUUGUAAUAUUCAUUUUGUCAAGUUUGGGACAAUUUUAAGCCAGUAUGUUCAUUUGAGUUUUAUUUCAUGUUUCAAUCAAUUUCAUAACACUUAAAUGAAUCAUUCAAGUGUUUUAUUCAUUUGAGAAAUCCAUUUGGAAUCAUAACAUAUCAAAUAUUUUACAUUUAUUGUGCACAUUAUUGAGAUGAUUGUUUAUACGUUUUUAUUGCUUAUAUGUACGGUGCUGUAUUUGACAAAAAAAAACGUGAAAUAAUUACCAUUUGGUAACAGUUAACCUAGUGCUAAUAUCAUUCUUAAGAAUUAUGAUUCUUAAUUUAUCUUAUAUUUCACCAUUUAAAAUCCUAUUUAAUUUCAUAUCGAUAUAUAUCUUCUAGCAUUUGUUCAGUAAUAAAAACACAGUAAUGUUAAAUUAUUUCUGAAUCUAUAGUAACAAAAAGACAAACAACCCACACACAAAUAAAAUCAACAUAUGUAGUUUGAAAGUUUAACUGUUAUAUAUCUGUAUGAGUGUGAAAUAUUGUCAUAUUGACUAGAAUGAGUAUCUCCUUGUCCUGAAUCUAUUUUAUAUAGGAAAGUUGGAAAUCAAUUUUUUCUCACAUGUUUCCUUUUCUUUUUAUUGAAAGGUAAAUAUUAUAAUAUCAGAAAUUGCGUUUUAUGUCACUACUAUUACUACUUGUAAAAAAGAGAAUCUCUCUUCAUCUUCACUCCUCGGCGUUUUCGAAAAUUUUGUUUUCUGUAUCUGACGCUAGAGAAGAUAACACUAUUUUAUUGAUUGAUGAAAAAAAAAUAUUAUUCAUUUUAAAUGCACAGCUUCAUAAAAUUGUAUAUAUUUCAUAAAAAGAUGAUUAUAACAAAGGAAAAACGGCUGUUUCAGAUUUUUAAAAGAUAAACCUCUUUUGAUAAAAAAAAAAAACGACAUUCAAGCGAAAGAUUGUUGAUAAACAUGACAAAUAUUUUUUAUAUGAAUUUGAGGCAACAUUAGUUUACUGAUGUUAUUAUAUAUAACCAUGGCAACCAAAUAAAAACUAACUAUUUUGUUUACGCAAACAUAAGUUAAUUUAUUGAUGUGUUGUUGUCUCACUGACGUGAUUUUACAUCUCUUAGUAAAAUUUAGUAAAAACACAGUUCGUAGUUUGAUUCACGAGGUUAAGUGAUCCCCAAGAAUCUAGACAAGAUCAGUUAGUGUUAUUAAAUCAAUGAAUAGAAACUAUUAUGUUUAUUCGUGUAUGUGUGUAGUUGACUGCCAUAAACAUUCGAGGGGGAGGGGACUAUGCAAAGUAUUAACUUAUUUAAAAGCAAAACUUAUAAAUCAAAUCUAUGAAAUAUACAGUACUAUGUGAGCGAUAUUGAUUUUACCUCAUAGCAGUCGUUUGAUACUUUGAUGUUAGACCAUUUAAAAUAGUGUCAGUAAUGUAUUAAAUGAUUCAAUCACAAUAUUGAAAUAUAGAGGUAUCGAUAUUAUUUGUUAUAAAAUGUAUGACUGUAAAGAAAUUCAAACUAAAGAUAGCAAAAUACAUUGUAUAACGAAGCAACUAAAAGCAAAGAAAAUACUCAAACCAUUUUCCUUUACUUGUGGUUCUUAAGCAUACAGUUUUUUUUAUAUAGUGCCAUAUUCGCUUGUGACGUAAGACUUCAUAGCCGUUAAUAACAAUAUAAAUAUUACUUUUAACGUGGGUUUGUUUUACAGCGAAAGCUUUAUCAUAUCAAAGAUUAAAAAUCACACGUUAAUUUAUUAUUUUACUGAUACAUAAUUAAUUUUGGAUAUAACACGUCUUCAGAUUGGCUUAAAGUUUUUUGUCUAUCAGCUCAUAGACAUAAUUUUGUCAUGUGACCGUGACGUCAUCAACGUUUUUUUCAUGAUUUACUCCUUAGAAAUGGAAUUUAGAAUUAAGUUAUAAGGAAUGACUAAUACUUUUUCUGUCUAUGAAAAAAUAACCUCAAAAAUGUGGUACACACUGAAUAACCCGCGUAGCUCGAUGGAUUAACUGAAUCCAUCAUUGUUAACAUUUAUUUUAUCAGGCACGGUCUAGCUUUCGUGUGCAAAUCAACUUCCUUUUUUGGAAAUAAAUAAACAAUUUAUAAUAUUUUUUUAUUUUGUGGAUCAGUAAACAAAAAACACUUUCUCAGUAUCUUUAUAAAUACCAAUCACCCAGUCGCAAAAUCCUUUGGAAUCUUUGGAGUCUUCAUGCCACCGUGAAAACUCGUCUUCUGGUUUCAUUUUCUAAUCACUAUGGCAAAAAUUCAACCAUGCUUUUCUUAAAGUUGUGUUAAAAGAAUGUAUAGUUUGACAAAAAAUACUAUAUUUCGUAAUACAUAAUUUGAUGACCAAAUUACAAAACUUUUCUGCUUUUGUCAUUGGCAUUUUAUUUUUUUGGAUAUAAGAGAUUAAUAUUCAACAUUAAUAAUGUUUCCUCUGCUCAACGUUCUUACAUUUGUAAGAUAACUUUCAAACAUACAAAUAAUCUUGUACAAAAUGUAUAAAAUCUGGAUUAUUCACGGAAUAGAUAUGACUAUGGUAAAGGUCAACUCGUUUACCUCGAAUACCAUCUGAUAUUUGAUAUGAAUUCAUAUUAGCAAGUACAUAGCAUCGGUUAUAUGUUAAUUUGUUCUUUUUGUUUUUGUGAUCAGGGAUAUACUGAUCAAUAAAAAAAUUUAAAAAAAAUUACACUAAAA